CUUCAUUACUGAAACUAAAUUAAACCCAGCUCUAAUCUGCCGUCCUGCUAUGGCUAAAAAAUUCAGCUGUAUUGUAGCAGUUUGUGAGAAUCGGGGUAUUGGAAUCAACGGAGAUUUACCAUGGAAGCUAAAGCAAGAACUGAAGUACUUUUCUCGAACAACGAAAAAAGUGGAAGAUGCUAGCAAACGAAAUGCAGUGAUUAUGGGAAGAAAAACUUAUUUUGGCGUGCCAGAGAGCAAGAGGCCAUUGCCUGAUCGAUUAAACAUCGUAUUAACGCGCAAUGCCUCUUCGCAUGCCUUUCCCCCGGACGUGCUUGUAUGCGGCAGCCUUCAAGAAGCAUUGCUCAAGCUUGAUACGACGAGCUACGGCAAGGAUAUUGAAAACAUUUGGGUAGUUGGAGGCAACAGUGUGUACAAGGAAGCGAUGGAAUCCGAUCGUUGCCAUCGUGUGUAUUUGACGGAAAUCAAAAAGCAGUUCGAAUGUGAUGCAUUCUUCCCAGAAAUGCCUAAAACAUUCGUGGUUGUGGACAAUGAUUCAGAUAUUCCGGCUGACGUCCAGGAAGAGAACGGAAUCCAGUAUGUGUACAAGAUUUAUGAGAACAAAAAUUAA